CGGGUGUUGUAGGGGAAGAGCUGGAGGAGGCCAUUGCAAUAAAUAAAUCUCUUUCAGUGCUACAUGCUGUCAUUAGGGCUACAGCAGAUGAUGCGGAUGUGUUGCCCGUACGAGAAUCCAUCCUAACUCUCUAUCUUGCUUCGACUCUCACUGAUUGCUAUCUUCUCCUUAUUGCAACUGUAUCCGUGGAGAAAAGGGAUUAUGCUGAGACAAAGAACUCUCUUGACUUUGCAACCACGGCAAAAAGAUGUGCUCUGACAAAGAGCAAAAGCCGCGCAAGAGAUUUUCUUAUGAAUGGAACAAAUAGUUUUGAGGAAACCUACACGCAUUUGAUGAAAGAGGUGGAAACAUUACGUCGUCGUGUGUGCACACUUCAGGAGGAAGUAAAUAUUGAAAAGCAGCGCUCUGCUCUUGUAUCAAAGGAUGACAGUCUCAAUAAGACGCCCGCAAAGGCAGCCAACAGAUGUAAGGCCGAUGAUAAUUCUGUGCUAGUUGAGGAAAACCCCGAGGCUGCGAGAAUGCGCCGGCACGUCCUGGAGUUGGAGCGUCAGUGUGCCGUUUUUCAGAGCAUUUUGCGUGAUCGGGAAAAUGAGUUAAACGCAUUUGAAUCACGAGGGGAUAUUGCAGAGAAAGUACGUCGGGAACUACAGCAACAGGCGAGGGAAAGAGAAGAAGCGCAACGAGCUCUUGAAGAGGCGGCACCUCAGUUAGAAACAAGUGAAUUACUCCGGAAGGUGACUGACACGAUUGUGUGGAUGCAGGAGCAGCUGGAUGGUGUAUGUCAACAGAAAAAGUUCAUGAUGAAAGCAAUGGAAGGAAUGCGAUGUGAACAGCACCGGAUUAUGACGGAUCUUCUGGAGGCCCGAAAGAACGUUUUGCAGCUCGAAAAUGCCCAAGAGGAAUCAUUUCGGAAGUUUAACGAUGUUUUUGCUGAAAAUACGAAAUUGAAAGGUAUAAUUGAUGAACUAAAUUUAAAGCUUCUACGUGAGUAUGCCGAGCGUGCCAUUCGUGAGGAGACGAUGUCUUGGUUCAAGGCAUUGACUGAAAGAGAUGAGCAGUGUGAGCGAUUGAGAGCGGCCUUUGAGGAUCAGAGAAAUCUUUGUGACGUUCUUCAAAGUCGUUUAAAUAGCACAGAGCAGGAACUUGAUCGCAGCAGUAAACACCAAGGUGCACUUCUGCAGGAAAUGCGAAAAAAGGACGAAGCGUUUCGGACUAUUUGGCUUUUUCUUACUCCACAACAGAAGGCGCGAUUUAUGUCGUUUGGGGAUCAGAGUGAGGGUGCGAACGGUACACCCUCUUCCUCACUGCAUCAGGGCCACGAGAACGUACAGUUGCGGAGUCAAAUACGAACUGUGAAACGACAACUAGAAGAAGAGUUCUUGCGAAACAAGGAGCUGGAGUACAGAAUAGAAGAUUUGGAAAAGGAAAAUGAACUUCUAAAGAAACGGCUUCAGAAUUGCGAGGAUGAGUAUAAGAGUCUUGUUUCUCUUGAGCAGGAUUAUAGAGAAGAACGUGAACAUAUGGAGCAGCAGAUUGCGUAUCUUUUUACCUACAUUGAGGAACACAACGCGAAACAGCAAGUUUCUGAACGCCAACUUUGUGAGUUAAAGUCGGAGUGGGAGAGGUUGAAUGAAGAGCAUCGGAAUGCGCAACGUGAGGUGGUGGAGCUGACGGCAAAACUUGAGCAGGCAAAAGGGGAAAUUUGGGCACAGGGUGUCGACAACAACAAGCUUAAAGAUCGUUUGAAGGAGGUGAAGAAGCAGGAUGCGUUAUUAGCUGGCCUGCACCGUCAGUUGACCGCCACACAGCACAUCGGCGAUGAAGCUUCUCGACGACUCGGAAUUGCGGAUCGAAUGCAGCAGCAUGUGGCGUCAGAGGCUAAUAUUUACAAUCAUCAUGGUGAUAUUAUUAAACGGAAAGCCAUUCGCCGUAAUUCUGACACUCUGCUAAAGGCACUAAUGCAGCGUGUUGAUUCUGCACAGCGUGUUCGAGGCGCCGCCGUGCAGCCUCUGCCUCUAAACAAUCGCGUACAACGCCUCCGCAAUGAAGUGUCUCAACAGUUUCGACUUUGUGGUCCGUCCUCUCUAUCUUUCAACGGGACUGCGAGAACACGGGAAGAGUCCUUUGGUAGUAGUCACACACAUCACAGCGGUAGCCGUCGUCGCAAAAGGACAAUGCUGCACAAACCACACGAUCUGAGAUCGAAGCCACUGUUUCGCUCUUCGAAUUUUGUCGUUGCAGAGAUCCCUUCUUUUAUCAUUGAUAGGACGCGACGUCGUAAUAUGUAG